CUUUCGACACCACAAGAACAAGCAUGGCAAAUGACUAUCCGGCGUCGCUUCCCUACCCUAACCCCUCUCUUGGUCAGAUGGCGACCCUAGAGGAGGGAGGCGGGAGAGGCCGACCCUCGACAGCCAUCUCUGGGAUACAAAAGCAUUCUGUUACCGGACCACAGCAGGUGGUGCUCGUAUUAUCUUUGCUCACUGGACUACUCUUCUCCAGCCUCGAUACCUCGAUCGUAUCAACGUCACUCGUCACCGUCUCACAAGACUUGAACGACUUUGUCAACGCGCCAUGGAUCGUUCUGGCGUAUCUUCUGACAUACAUGGGGUUCGCUGUUUGCAUUUCAAAGCUCAGCGACAUUUACGGACGGCGAAACAUGCUCGUGAUAUCGUGGGUGUUCUUCGUGGCCUUUUCACAAGGGUGCGGAUCAGCAACCAGCAUGACAGCACUAAUCGUCUGCCGAGCUUUUCAGGGGAUGGGAGCUUCCGGUCUCUACAGCCUGACACAGAUCGGGCUGGUCGAGGUUGGUCCAUCACACCGGCCCAGUCUAAUUGGAGCCAUGGUCGGCGCUACUCUCGCAGUUGCAUUCGUGCUUGGGCCCAUAAUCGGUGGUGCCAUUUCCCAGCUCUCGGACUGGAGAUGGUUGUUCAACAUCAACGUUCCCUUUGGGUUAGUGACAAUCUUGUGCAUAACAAACUUUUGGCCGCAAGAGGACGUUGCCAACUUUUUUUCUUGGAAGGCAUUCACAAGCAUCGACUUCAUCGGCAGUGCGACGCUGUUGACCAGCUCUGGAUUCCUCGUGUUUGCCGUUCAACAAGCAGGAUCGCAAACGUUUGAAUGGAAAAGCCCAGAAAUCAUUUCGGCCCUUGCUAUCUCCGGAGUUAGCUGGGUCGUGUUUGUCUGGUGGGAGGUACUUCUUGCGACGAAGGAGUAUCGUCGAAUUGAACCGAUCUUUCCAAUUCGGCUAAUGCUUCGUCGAGUCUAUUCUUCAGGCCUUCUUGUGACCAUGUUCACCGGAUUCCCUUACAUCUCUCUUUCGAUUGUGAUCCCAGAGCGGUUCCAGAUUGUCAAUCGAGAAGGCGUCUUGAUGGCAGGCCUACAUAUCCUCCCUUUGCUAGGCGCCUGCGCGAUCGGGUCAUUUUUGGGCGGUGCGAUAUCCAGCAAGAAAAACAACACCUCAAUUACCCUAUUCGGGGCAUCGUGUUUGCAGCUCCUUGGAGUCGGUUUGAUGUCGAUGCUAUCAGGCCCUGAUGCAAGCGUCAAAGCCCAAUAUGGGUUUCAAGUUAUUUUCGGAUUGGGUGUUGGCCUCUCUUUCUCCGCCGCGACGAUCAUGACGAGCAUCCUGGCCGCAGAGCGCAGCGAACUUGCCUCUGCCCAAGGCGCAGUUUCGCAAACCAGGGUACUAGGUGGCUGCAUUGGACUAUCGAUAUGCACAGUCAUAUUCAAUGCCCACGUCAACCAAUAUCUAGGAGAUCACUUGACCCCGGAGCAGCUCCAAGACCUCCACCGUUCGCCACUCUCGAGCCUCGACCUUCCGCUGGAUCUUCAAGACCUGAUAAGGCAUGUGUAUGCGGGUGCUUUUGCGGAAGAACUCAAAGUCAUGAUGCUAGUUUGCGCCGUCAUGGUUGUCAUCGCCGUAUUCACCUUAGAGCGCCACCCUGCUCCGCUCGAAAGACUUACGACUUGGCACAAGGAUGAUAUCCCAUCCCGUCGGGGAAGCGAUUCUGGAACUGAGAUGACUGAUAUCACACGCGACAGUGCUCCCGUCUAGUCGUGUUUUUUCUUUCGAUAUUCCACCUCGAAAUAUUCUCUACGAACCUCUAACUCGGGCGGCAAAUAUGCGAUACUUUCCCGGCGUUUGUAGCACAAACCGGCGUUACUGUAUUAAUUUUUGGGGGACUGGUCAUAACUGGAGCAUUUCUUUUUUGUAUUCUGGACAGGAGGCUUUCUAUAGUAUUCAGCCCGUGGUGUGAUCGAGAUAUUGCAGGCAUUAGACUCGAAAUAAACCAGGGCUUUUUUUUUUCAUGUCCAUGCGGAUUUGUGACCCUCCUGCUUACCUAUCGGAUAGACAAGGAAUUCGUACGCCAUGAUGAAUUACAUGAUUAUCAAUAA